UGGCGUUUAAUCGACGUUUUACUUUGCUUCAGUUCACCAUGAUACCAUCAUUGAUUGUUUUGAUCGCCAUUACGAAGUCCUGUUCAGUAAAAGCUGAUGCGACUGAGUUACCAUACACUGUAAGUAAUAGGUCAUUGGAACACGUGAAUUCGUUCCUUUGUCCAUUUAACGAGAACAUUACAUUCACGAUUACAAAUCUAGAAUCAAACAAUGAGACAAUACUUGCGGAGUGCGAUAUGCUCACCAAAGUGUGCUCUCUCAUGUCGUGGAUUUCUGAAACACAAUUCACCGUCAAAUAUGCAAACCCAGGUGGAAUAUUGACCAUAAAUAAUCAUUCUGAAGAUAAAAAUGUCUCGUAUACGUGUUACCACUCAUUUAAUACUACUGGCCAGAAAGAACUUAUAAGAUAUUCCAUGCAAAACGCAUUGAGAGGCAAUUACAACGUCAGUACAGACAACAUGGACCAGGAUGGAAGGUCAUCAUUUCUAGGCGGACUAUCAUAUACGGGAACAGUUGUGGUUAUUUCGUUGACGUCAGUUCUGGUUGUUGCUUUCAUUGUGGGUACGGUUUUAAGGGCUUCCAUGGCAAGCUCCAAACGGUACAGGCAUGUCAGAAGUUGGAGGACUUAACAUUUCAUCAUUCUACGGUUUAGUGGCUUAUAGCGUCUUCCACAUUCUAUCAAUUCUGUAUAACCUGUGUUAUUUGUCAACCUGUGUUUGUCAAAUGAUUGAAGUGCAGUUUUGUGUUAUAUAUAUAUAUAUAUAUAUA